UAACCUACAUCCAGGCCCUUGGAUCCUUUUAAGUCGGGCAGUAAAUUUUUAAAAAAUAAUUUCGUAAACAAGACAAGACAUUUUAUUGAUACGAGUUUAUAAAAAAUGAUUUUGCUACAACGACUAACGUUUAUGUGAGAUUAAAGUGUGUCGCAGUGAUGGAGAUUACACUUGACGGUUGAUCGAACCCGUCGACUACACUCGGAUAUUAUCGUGUACACACCCGCACCAACCACUUUAUUAUUAUUAUCAUUAUCAUAUAUUAAAUUACACUUGGUCUCUUGAUGUUACAACAAAUGGGUUUAUGAAUCGGCGCUUCGACAGUCCUGCCAGUCGGACAUCAAAACUCGCCGUGUCAUCACUGUCUGUUGUCAACAUCAACAAAAGUUGCAUACAAGGAAAAUUUUCCGACAUUUUCCGCGGGCUGACCUUGACCCAUGUGGCGUUGCGGUCUCGCGAGUGAAGCCCGGGAAUAGUGCGCGCAUUCGAAAAAAACCUCUGUCGCACGUGCGGAUUACGUUUUUUUUUUUUGUCAUUUAUUCUGUUUCUUUUCGUCAGUCUGGGAAUCCCCCAACAUGUGCGCCGGGCAAAACAAUAAAAAAAGAAAGGACUAUAUUAAGUUGGAUACAAUUGUUCAGUCGUUUAAAGACUCAGUAGGAGUAAUCAUCGAAAGUUUGAAUUGUCGUGUAAUUUAAUAAAAAAAUUUCUUUUUUUGUAAACUUAAUUGAUAAUUGAGAACAAGUUCUCGUUUACCAGUGGAAGUAGACUAAAGUGAUCGGUGUCUUAACACACUCUGACAAGUAUUAAAACCUGAUCGUCUCACGUUACAUUAUUUCCAACGGCUGACCUUAUAGAUCGAUGUCAAUAUGCAUUCGAUCGUGUGAUCACGAAUCAGUUUACUCUUGUCCUGUAGUAAUUACAUUAAUACUAAAACAGAUUAACGUUUAUGUAAAUAAAAAAAAUUUUUUUUAACGGUACUGAGAUCAAGACCAAGAACAAGACGUGAAAUUAUUGCGAGAAAUGAUUAUUAGCAAACUGGCACGCGUAAUAUUUGGCAAACAAGAUCAUCGAUGAUUCGCCCACUGGUUGUCGAGUGAACUUCGCCUACAACUUUAGAGUCCUGGGAAAAUUAUCGAGGCCUGAUGGAUUGGCUCAGCAAAUGCGUCUGCGGCUCCAAGGAGCCAAAGAAUAAUAAGCAGAAGAAGAAGAAGAAGGAUGGGAAAAAUAAAAAAAAUAAGAAGGACAAAACUGACAAGUACGUAAUAAAUGAUAAUGAUAAUGCCGAUGAAGUCAUAAAAAAUAAUAACGCGUCACGCGUCAACGAAGAUCGUGAUGAUGGAGAAGCUGACAACGAUCGUGUAAUAACUGACCUUGAGGGAAGUCAUCAAAAGGAAGUAAGACAAACAAAUGGAGUGGAUCGACAAGUUGACAAAAAAAAUAAACCAGUUGUUUUUAAUAACGAUCCCGAUUUUUAUUCAAUCAACGCCGUUGGAGAACACGAGCCCGAGUUUUAUGACUCAUUAUCGGACACCACUCCGGUGGAUACUCUAAAAAAAGAUCACUCGAAGUCUAUGCAGCAGUUCAGCCUCAGUAGCAAUCAGAUGUUUGUCGAAGAUCGUGAGAAAGAUAUUUCGCUCAAAGAUAAAAUAUUCGAGCAGUCGGGAGUCAUAAAGUCGAGCAGCGAAAAUGACUUCCGAUUUAAUUCGAAUUCUUGCAGUUUUAUUGUGCCAAUAACUGAUGACCAUAAACGCAGGAAGCAUAAAACACGGGUUAAAAAUAACAGAAAAAUAAGUUCCUCUAUUCCCAUACCGUCUAAGCAUCGAAAUAAUCACUCGGGUUCUAGUCCACAUAUCAAAAAAAAUGGUCGCAUCCACUCUGCAAUAGUCUCUGGUGUCAACUGGGAACAACAGAGUGUCACAGUAGAAUGGUUCGAGCGAGGCGAAACAAAGGGAAAAGAGGUGGAGAUGGACGCCAUCAUCGCUUUAAAUCCCGAGCUUACUCCACAAUCUAUGCCUCCACCACAGAUAAACUCAUCUGUAAAUAGAUCAAGGGAUUCGUCUGAUGAGGAUGAUGACGGAGCGGAUGAUCUGGACCAAGAAGACGGAUCCUUCGGACGUCACGGCGUACCGACAGCAAGAAAUGGCCUGGCUUCGGCAACUUUAUCUCAUUCCAUGAGGCCAUCGAUUCCCGUCAAAGCGCCAACAAACAAGCAACCGAGACACCAAACAGGACGACCAACAAAUAUAAUGCCACCUGUGCUAUCAAACGGUCACGGAGAUCCAGUAUCAGGUCUCACAAGUCGUCGUGAGGUAGAAAAUAUACCACCAACACCCACAGCACCAGCCUUUGCUAACGUCAGUUCUAUAUCACUAAAUAAACCAAAAUCAAUCCAGGCUCCACAGCAGCAGCCGCAGCCGCAGCAACAACAGCAGCAGCAGCCACCGGCUACAGUAGAAAACGGAAGAGGAAGACGUUCUAACGUAGUCAAGGAAGUCGAGAGGCUCAAGAAGAACCGGGAAGAACGGAGACAGAGGCAAGCUGAACUUAAAGAAGAAAAGGAAGCUCUGAUGAACAUGGAUCCUGGUAAUCCGAACUGGGAAUUCCUCGCCAUGAUCCGCGAGUAUCAAAAUAGCAUAGACUUUAGGCCACUGCGUGAGUCCGACACUGUCGAGGACCACCAGAUAACCGUUUGCGUCAGGAAACGGCCUUUGAACCGAAAAGAACAAACCAGGAAAGAGGUUGACGUGAUAAGUGUCCCCAGUAAAGACCAGAUGGUUGUCCACGAGCCGAAAUUGAAGGUCGACUUGACAAAGUACCUGGAGAACCAGCACUUCAGAUUCGAUUACGCCUUCGACGAGUCCUGCAACAACGAGAUCGUCUACAAGUACACAGCGAAGCCGCUCGUCCAGACGAUUUUCGAGGGCGGGAUGGCGACGUGUUUCGCGUACGGGCAGACCGGCAGUGGGAAAACUCACACAAUGGGCGGUGACUUCAACGGGAAGACUCAGGACUGCAAGAAAGGUGUCUAUGCAAUGGUAGCUAAAGACGUGUUCAAGUAUCUCAAGUCACCCAAGUACCGGGUGCUGAAUCUCGUGAUAUCCGCAAGUUUUUUUGAGAUUUACUCCGGCAAAGUGUUCGACUUGCUUGCCGACAAGGAGAAGCUUCGCGUGCUCGAGGACGGCAAGCAGCAGGUCCAGAUCGUCGGGCUCACUGAGAAGGUCGUGGAAAGUGUCGAGGAAGUUCUGAAGCUGAUCCAGCACGGCAACAGCGCCAGGACUAGCGGCCAGACCAGCGCCAACUCAAACUCCUCAAGAUCACACGCAGUCUUUCAGAUAAUCGCCCGGACACCCGGCACUCACAAAGUCCAUGGCAAAUUUUCCCUCAUUGAUCUCGCGGGUAAUGAGAGAGGCGCCGAUACUUCGUCAGCCAACAGACAAACGCGAAUGGAAGGCGCAGAAAUAAAUAAAUCACUACUCGCUCUCAAAGAAUGCAUACGUGCACUAGGUCGUAAAGGAACUCAUCUACCCUUCAGAGCCAGUAAAUUAACCCAAGUACUCAGGGACAGUUUUAUUGGUGAAAAAUCUAAAACUUGUAUGAUCGCUAUGAUAAGCCCAGGGAUGAGUUCGUGUGAACAUUCUCUAAAUACUCUAAGAUACGCGGAUCGAGUUAAAGAGUUGGCCGCAACAGACCCGACAGAAAUAAAAGUCUCGCCUACCGACGACGACCGGUUGUUUAAAAUAGAGGAGCAAGCCAACGACAGCGCGCUUUCUGACAGAGAUUUGGCCCAGCUUAGAUCAAUGAAUGAAGGGGAACUGUCGGAAGAUCUUUACAACUUCCACGAAGCGGUUUCCGCACUUCAGCUGAUGGAGGAAGAGGUACUGGAUACGCACAAAGCCGUUAUCGAUAACUCGAACAAGUUUCUGAAUGAUGCCCAUGAAGUAUUCAGCGCGACCCAUGAAGUCGAUUACGACCAAGAAGAUUUGAGACGGAAAAGAACAAAGUUUGAGUCACCAAACAUGAUGAGGAGGUUCUCAUUGUCUAGACGUCUCAUUGACAGAAUUCAAUUUUCAGAUGCGUACGCUAAAAAGUGGGAAGAACUUUUGCUGCAGCAACGUGAUACAAUCAACGCUGCGCUGGACCAAGUCAGUCAGUUCCGUAGUCAGCUCGUCCAAGAAGAGCGCAUCAGCCAGGAAAUGACACGUGUCUGUAACACGCGAUUCAACUAACUCAUCGAAAUAAGAUUUAAAAUUUAAAUUUAAAUACUAAUGAUAUUAAUAAAAUAAAUACAAAAAUUUAUCAAUAUCAACGCUAUCAUUUCUGUAAUUAAAUCGCGAUUUAAAAAUCCCGCUCAAGAUCUCGUUAUCUAAAGUUUAAACAUCCACGCACUUGGACUUGACUGGAUAAAAUCUAUCCCAGCAAGGUCACGUUUUAUUAAAAGUUGAUCACUUUGAUCAAGUUAUUGAUCGAAACUGAUUAAUUAUUUUUCUUUCACAAAAAGUCAAGUGAUAACUCAAAAAUUUCAAAUUAAUUCAUAUCAGAGCGUUGAUUGCUAAUUAGAAUCCUUUUUAUUUAAAUUAUUUUAUUUUUUUUAGUCAACAGUUGACGUCUUUACGCGGUCUUACAUUUAUAAAUAUUAAUAAUAAUUAAAAUAUAAAUAUUUAUGUAUUUUUUGGAUAUGAAAGAAACACUGACAUCAAAUUAAUCCGAGUAGGCCUACGAUAAUUAAUCAUUUAAAAUGCUUAAGAGUUCUUGUAUUUAUUAAACAUAGUGAGAGAUAAUUAUUAAUUAUUAAUUAAUCUAUUAUUAUUAUUAAUAUUAAAAAAAAAGAGAAAUAUCAAUAUGUUACGCGGGAUCUUUAAUAAAUAUCAAGAUGUAAAAAAUUUAAGUGUUACAGCUUUUACGAGAGUUAACGGAUCAUAAUUAGUACAGAAAAAAAAUUUUAAAUAAUAAUUGAAAUUUAAAUUAAAAUGAUAUGUUAUGAGUGUGUGUGCGUGCAUGAAAAAUGAUUGGAUCGUAAGCUUGUUAAUAGAUAGUUGAAGAUUAAUAAAAAAGAUUAUUUCUAUUAAAUAAAAUAGUCAGUAUACUAAUUAAUUUUUUUUUUACGCGGGAUCUGUCGGCGAUUUUUUGUAUUGUAAUUUUAAUUAUAAUUAUAAUUUUUAAUUUUUAUUUAACACUUCCGCGGAUCAGGUCCCCGCGUUCUGCUUUUGAAUCUUGAUACUGAAAUUACCAGAGGUCUGAUAAUUUUUAAAAUGAUAAAUUAUUAAAAAUUAAUUAUUUUGAAAAAUUGCAUCUAUAGUUUUUUUAAUUUUCUACAUGCGCAUUUUUUUUUUUUUAAAUUUGUUGAAAAAAAAAUCAAAAAAUUAGACGGUAACUUCAGGAUCAUUUUGAAUCAUGAUCCUGAAGUUCAUUAUUUUUGUAAUUUUUUUUUCAAGAUAUCGAUUAAUAAAAAAAAAAAAAUAAAAAAAUGCACAUGUAGAAAAUGAAAAAAACUACGGGUGGAAUUUUUCAAAAUAUUUUUUUUUAUAAUUUAUUGGCCAAAAAAAAAAAAAUCCAAAAAUUAGAUGUCGGGUAAGUUCAGGAUCAUUAUGAAUCAUGAUCCUAAAGUUAACUAUUUUUGAAUUUUUUUUUUUUUUUUUCAAAUAUUAAUUAUCAAAAAAAAAAAAACUAGAAAUAUGCACAUGUAGAAAUUUAAAAAAACUAUAAGUGCAAUUUUUCAAAACAUUUUUUUUUUAUAAUCUAUCGGGUUAAAAAAAAAACCAAAAAUUAUUAGACGUCUGGUAACUUCAGUAUCGUUUUGAAUCGCAUUGAAAAAUAAUUAAAAGUAAAGCCAAAUAACGACUGAAUUGAAAAGUUAUUUAGAUUUUACAUCAAAGACACAAUCGCCUUAAGUAUUCUUUGUUUUUUUUUCUUUUUCAAAUUCUUAUCUAAGUUAUUAAGAGGAUAAAUAAAAUAAUUUAGGUAAUAAAUGAUGUACUGCGUUAACUAAUUUUUCAUACGUAAGUUGAGUUUGUGUAACCGGUGUAAUAACUCCUGUCUUGUUUUAAAUAAUAACUUUGUUGUCCUCGAGGAUUGAAUUAGUGGCCUUUAAUAAUAAACAAAAAAAAAAAAAUAAUAAAUAUUAAUUAAGUAAUAAAAUAAAAUGAUAAAUUUGUAUUGUAUUUAAAGAGAAAAAAUAUGGAUUUCAGUAUAAAAUUUUUAUUUGUUACAAUUAAUUAAUGAGUCGGAUUUAAAUAAAAGCAUAAAUAACUCG